UUUCGAUCACUCAAAAGUCGACAAGAAAGACGUUCUUAUAGGUAAUUAUGUGCCCUCAACUUCUUUCACUGGUGGGUAUAAAGUCAGUGCUUAUUUGGAUCCUUCAGAUGAAAAACAUGGAAAACUUAAAAAUCUUUAUCUUGACCUAUUUGCAUCUAUACACCAUAAAACCAUUCAGGUAUCUCAAACAUGUUUCGCUGCUCUUUUUGAUAACCUCGAGUCAGAUGUAGCCGUAAAAGGCGAAGCUAAUUUCAAUACUUACAGUGAUGACAUGGCUUUCGAUUUACUUCUUCGUGUUUUCUUCGAUAUCGACCCUACAAAUCUUGGUAACAAAGGUCCGGCAAUGAUGAGAAAAUGGUUGACUAUACAAUUUCAUUCGAUAUUGACUCUGGGGUUACCCAAGUGGUUGAGCUGGGUUGAAGAUACUCUCUUCCAUAGCUUUCCAUGUCCCUCAUUUCUUGUGAAAUCUGAUUAUCAAAAGAUUUAUGAUGUUGUUUACGCUUCAUCUACACCGGUUUUUGAUGAAGCCAAGAAGCUUGGUUUAUCAAAAGAGGAAACUUGUCAUAAUCUUGUUUUUAUGUCUGGUGCCAAUGCUUACGCUGGUUUGAGACCCCUUUUUCGUGUUGUGAUGAAAUGGUUGUAUCUAGGAGGGGAGAAAUUACAUAAAGAUCUUGCUAACGAAAUUAGAGCAGUUGUUAAAUCUGAAGGCGGAAUUGUAACUCUGGCAGCACUUGAGAAAAUGCCACUUACCAAAUCAGUGGUAUUUGAAAUUCUUAGGAUGGAACCGUCUGCCCCGCAUCAGUACGCGAGAGCCAAGGAAGAUAUGGUAAUAAGCAGUCACGAUGCCAGUUAUCAGGUCAAGAAAGGUGAGGUUCUAUUUGGAUAUCUACCUUUGGCUAUUCGGGAUCCUAAGGUAUUUGAGAAUCCAAAUGAGUUUAUAGGGACUAGAUUUAUGGGUGAAGAAGGUGAAAAAAUGCUCAAGUAUGGUUAUUGGUUUAACGAUCGUCAGACAGUUGAUCCCAUCCCCGACAAUAAACAAUGCGCAGGGAAGAACAUCGCCCUAUUGUUAGCCAGACUUGCGGUGGUAGAGUUUUUCCUACGGUAUGACACAUUCACGGCAGAGAUCGGGAAGAAUUAUACUGGAUCUGCUGUCACUGUUAAGACAUUGAUUAAAGCAACUAGUAGUAAUUGAUU